AUGCAUCAGCAAAUGUUGUACUUGGUGGCAACGAUGUUAAUUGUCUAUGAAUUAUCAUUAACAACAACAUCGUCACGUUAUGCAGCAAUGGCUGUUGCUGUGGAUGCAACUUCAUCGUCAUCAUUGAAAGUAACGGAAAUGGAUGUUAACAGUUUUACCCACAUAACUAAGCCCUCGAUGAUGACUGGAAUGGUUAAUCGAUUGCCACGUCAUACAGUUCAAGGUCUAAAGCAGCAAGAGCAACUGAAAGAAUACAACGACCAUCAACAACAAAUUGAAGAUCCAUCAUCAUCAUCAUCCGUAAAUUCGAAAAUAAAAAGAAGUUUUUCUACCGGUGGCGGUGGUGGUGGCUGGGCAUCAACAACAUUUAAUGGACUCGCAGGGCUCUUGGGUUCAUCACAACAGCACAACAUUAGAAGUACAAGUUAUGAUGCAGCCCAACAACAGCCAAAUCACCAAUAUCAACAGUACACGGAGGCAAAACCCAUUUAUGAAGAACAACAAGAAAACGAUUAUGCAGGCGGCAAUAAUGGUGGAGGUGGAGCAUCAUCAUAUGGCCAACAUUCUAGUACGGGUGCUGCUAAUGCGGCAGCUUUACACUCGGCCAUCUAUAAUUUACAAACUGCAGGAACGCAUAAUGCAGCUAUGGGUACGAGUAGUAGUAGUGGUAGUAGUGCAAGUAAUGGCGGAAGUGAUGGUUUCCUGCCAUCAUGGAACUUUGGUAAACUUUCGACAUCGUUUAUUGCUUCACAGCCAGCAUCAACACCUUAUGGCAGUAGCAGUGGUGGUGGUGGAUUUAGUCAUAGUGCCUCUACCAGCAGUAAUAACGAUAAAAUCUCUGAAGGCAAUUUUCUGCAUCAUUACGAUUCAGCUUCCGCUUUUAAUGAAUACACACCCCAGCAUGACUAUCAACCAUACCAGCAGCAGCAUCAGCUGCAGCAGCAACAACUACCACAGCAUGAAAACUUUUACAACAGUGUUGAACAUGCGGAAGCCGAUACCUCCUCGUCAUAUGGAGAUGAGCAUGAACAUGAUAGCAACAACUAUCCACCCUCUGCCUCGGCCGGCCACUUUUCCAACUAUCAACAGCAUGACUUUGAACAGCAGCACCAGCAGCAGCAGGAGAAACAACCCGAUGUCAUCAACUAUGUUCCAUAUCCUGUCGUCAAGAAACAACAUGUACCAGUUCGUGAACCCGUCCAAAUACCCAUCUCACAUGCUGUCAUUAUACCCGUCAGUAAGCCAGUACCCAUCCAUAUACCAGUUACUCAAAAUGUUCAGGUGCCGGUCGAAAAGGAAUUGAAGAUACCAGUUGAACGUGUUAUCCCCUAUCCGGUGGAGAAACAUGUGCCCGUGCCAGUCGAGAAACGGGUACCUUAUCAGGUGGUGAAAUAUGUACCCAUCAAGGUACCACGCCCAUUCCCCGUUAAAGUACCAGUUUUUAAAACUGUCUUGCACAAAGUCAAGGGCUGGUGGUAAAUGUGGGUUUAAUGAAGGCAGUCAAAUUUAGUCCAGUUGAAAGCAAAUGCAGUAUUUGUAGAUUUAAGAAGAUUUAAAAUUUCUUUGUUGUU